AGCAACACAAUCAACUCCGUCUAUUCUAUGUUUUCUACUUGAAGAUGAAAACCUUCAAGGCAGACAGUUCUUUUUAAUUUUGCCAUUCCCCAAUUCAUUUCUCUCCACUUACCUUAUAAAGUUUUCUUAAUAACACCGCACCUCUCGUUACUUACCCUAUCAUCUUAAAUCCAUCCUGCAGUUGGGAUAAUACAAGAUUAUCUCGAGUCUUGUUUCGAUUACUAAUACACUUGAUCCUUGUAUUUAUUCAGCAAGAGAAGAUCCGACCCAUCAGCAUCCUUCAAGAUGAGCGUAGGAGAGAACGUCGGAGCGGCUCUCCUGGUCUUCUUCCUCGUGCUCGCGAUCACUGUUGCCCUCUACGGGGGCAUCUCGUCGGCCAAGUAUUUCGGCUUGGCUAUGUUCCGCAACAAGCGAGCUGAAAGAGAGUUCCUACAACGACAACGGCACGGCGAAGAGGUACUUGAGAGAUUCGAAGCAGCGGAGCAGGCGAGGCAGUUAAACUUGGGAGGAGGCGGCGGCAGUGGUGUAAGAGGUACAAACGGUGCAAGUGAUACGAACCAGGAAAGCCAAGCAGAUCAACCUACUCAGUCCACUCAACCAAGUGAACCAUCGGCGGCGACCCACGAGAGCCAGCAGCAACAGACCGAAGAAAGUCAGCGAGAACAGACCACAGAGGCGAGCGAAGUAAGCGAAGCAGUCGGACAGAGGCAGACUUCGUCUACUGUGGCCGUGGUCGGUUGGUAAGUGCCUAUUUAUAUUGCCUAUAUGCGUGUAUGUGUUCGAAG